AUGACUGUUCCUGCCACAGCUGCUCCAUUGAAAGCAAGGGCAUUGGAGAAGGUGAGUUGUUUUAUUAAAUAGUCAAUGAAAGUAUGCCUCAGCUUGGUACAAAAGCAUUGAUGGUGUAAUGGCGAACACUACUGCUUACUAUACAAGCAGCAGAUCUGGGUUCGAUUCCCAGUCAGUGCUAUUUUAACUCCAAGCUUCAUUUAUAGCUCCAAGUUUAGUGAUUUUUGGUGUUUAAGUAGUCAUUUGGAUAUUUUAAAUAUAUUUUUAGAAGAUACAUUUGCCCAAGGCAUGGCAAGACACGCUGCCCAUCCUUCAGCAGGAAUGGUUGAGCAAGUCGCUGUACACAUGUAAUCCGAAGACUGGUAUGUCUGUAAAUAUGUAUUCCUCCCACAUUUUUUCCUUGUGGCAAUGAGGAUAUUAUUUUUUACCACCGUCUAAAUUUAUGUUAUUCAGGCAGAGCCGAACUUGUAUCCAAACUGCAGAUGUGGUGGUACCCACCCCAGCCAAGACAACAACACUCCACCCCUCCGCCCGAUCCAUAUUUUCUCCUGCCAUUCUUCCUUUGGGCACCUCAGAAAAUCUGGGGUGUCAAACUGCUGUGCAGCGACGAGUGCCAAGAAAAGCAGAAGGGACAAGGGGCAACAAAGGUUUGCAUAGUUAAAAAUAUAUAACGAAUCGUGAUAUCUACUGCAUGUUUAUUUUAAUUAAAUACCUAUCAUCUCAUAAUUUCUCAAUAGAUUGUCAACCUCACUCAGGCUGGCCUCUACAAGACUGUCCGGAAAGUACUGGCCAUCGAUGGCUGGUAUUAUCUUGGCACGGAAUACCUAGAGUGCAAAUUUUGCAGAAAGAAGUUUGCCUCAUGGUCGAACAUGGUAAUGAAACAGCUUAGCCUGGCACACCAAAGCUACUUCCCAGCUGUUUUGACCUACAGGUGAUAAAAGCAGAACAUGCAUGCACCACCUUUUAUUAGCAGCACCUUUUCUGGAAUGUAGCUCAUGUGAUAAGAGAACACUUGGAAACUCAUCUACCAAGUUGAAGAAACAAGUGACAGAGCAGCACACGGAACACCACAUGAACAGGGCACUGCAGUUCUUGCAGGCGCGGGAACCCUUUGAAAUACAAUCAUCAAAGGGCCUGUUCAAGAUUCCGAGUGCUGCUCAGACCAUCCCACCCCUCCCAGCCAUUCCAAAACCAGACUGGUUUCUGGCAGUCUACUUGCGAGACGUGAUCAACAGGCUGAAUGAAACGAAAGCGAAAAUCACAUCAACUGUCUCGAACGGCGAACUGAAGCGGAGUUAUAUUGAAGAAGCGAGAAGUUUGAAGGGCAGUCGUUCGACAUCUCAGCUUGUUAAUAAUUCUGUGUUUGGUCGCUGUGAAGAUGCUUUGACCGUGAAGAAGAACGCUGAGGCCGAAGUAAACGUAAGGGAGAGAGCCCGAAGAACGAGCUGAGUGUACUUGGCCAGUAUGCUCUUCAAUUUGGUCUUUUUAAAGGCAUUUAAAUCUUUUAGAUGGUCGUUGGAGAAUGGUCUUGGUUAUGCUGACUGGCUUGUUGACAUCAUGCGUUCUGAAAGAGGAACGACAGCACCGUUGUCUGUCAGCAAACAUGCCUUUAAAAGAUAUCUCACCAGCUUCCCUGAUGGUCAAGCUGUUGUUCAGCAGAAGAAGAGUGAACGCUUAAAGAAGACAGCGCAAACUCAAGCGAAAAGUAAGAUAUAAAACUUUGUAUAUUUACGAAUAUAUUCGUGUAAAUGUUCUCCUGUCAUUUGUUUUUGUAUUUUUAUAAUAUUCACUGAGUUAUAUUGUAAUAAUAAUAUGUAUAUUCUCUCCACAAUCAUACAACAGUACAUUGCUGAUUUUUAACAAGUGCCGGUGUGUACACCAGAGUUAGGCAAGUGUUAGAUAUAGAUGGGUACUAUAUUCUAGCUGCAGAGUACUUGGAGCGUCUGAAAUGUGGCAGGGAACUGAUUAGUUGGAGUCCAGCAGUCAUUAAGCAACUGGAUGAUGGACAUGAACUUCAGUUUCAUGACACACAAGUAUGCCUGCGACGUUAGGGUUGUGCGCUUGCUGCGGACGAGGAGGCUGGGUAACAGCUCGACUCAGUUUUACCGGAAACUAGAACAACAACACGAGGAAACCUGGUUGACAAAGUGUGCCCAAUACCUUUCGGACUGCCAGCACUUCGCCAAGGCUAGAGAUCGAAGGAUGCAGACUUUGUCGACACCGGAAAACCCCCAGAGAGAACUCUUGUCCCAAAACCCAAUGGUUCUUGACAAGCUGUUGUCAAGAUGUCCUGUCCCGAGUCGAGGAAGUCAAGGCUCAGAUAACGUCUGUCUUUGGAAGAAUCCUUAAAAUUGACUGAACAAAAAAGGUAAGCUUUCCUUUCCCAAACCGUAUUAAACUCUAUGUUGGAUCACAUCUUAUAACACAUACGUCAGCGUGCUUGCUUUAAAGGAAAGCCUUUAUUGUGAAGGUUCGAUUCCUUCACCGUGCAAUUAAUGUAUUAUAUUCCUUCCUACAUUGAGUACUUAUAAUAAUCUAGUUUCAAUUAAUUUAAAUUAGUUUAAUAAUACAAUAAUUUCAAUUAUUUCAAGUAGUUUCAAUUUUUACAAAAAUAGUAAUUUAUCAGUUUGUAAUCUGUGUGUAUUGUUCUUGUUAAGAUUGCUAAGAAGCUGGCUGGGAAGACUUCUUUUACUGCUGCCUGGGCGACCAACGUUGGGAACGAGUUUGGCCACGUGUUCGCGAGUGUGCUUACUGCUGCAGAAGGUAACGGUCUACAACAGCUGGCAACUGGUCUCGUUGACUGUUACGAGAAAGCUGGUGUGAGUCCUCCUGAACUUGUGUACACAGAUCGUGAUUGCUGUUGUGUAGGAGGAAUAAAGGCUAUGUUUUCUGUGCAAAUUAAACAUUAAUGGCACACUGUCCAAUUUAACCCAAUUAACGAAUCAGAAUCGCGUAAAUUGACUGUAAUGAUAUUAAUAGGAAAUUGCAUUUGUUCUCGAAGUAUUAAUGAAAAAUUGCAAAAAUCAGUAAAAAUUAAAUUUGAAAAAUAGAAUUACAACUAAAAAUAAAAUUAGCUUAUAUUAAAAAAAAACCAAUAAAAAAUUAAAAUAAUUAUAUUAAAUAAAAAUUAAAAUACUAUGUAUUUGUAGAAUUUCCAUUGGCUAACAGUUGGCGGAAGGGUACUUUGGUCAUCGGUUGAUUCUGUGGAUGCCAAAGAAGCUAUGGCGGUAUCGGCUGGUGUGUCCAUUUCGGGAGACGUGUAACAACCACAAGCUCACAUCUGCAGGUCUGUACCCGGUGGUUCGUCAAGUGUUGGAUGUGGAUUGUGUGUACUACAUGGCGACUGAGUAUUUGGAGUGCUCGCAUUGCAAAAAAAGGUCAUUCCAUGGAGCGCACCAAUCCUUUCCCAGCUUGAUUUGGGCCAUUGGAAUCAGUUUCCUGCAAUUGUUACACACAAGUAUGCGUGUGAUCUUCGAGUAAUUAGGUUGUUGCGCGACAAAGGUCUCGGCAAUGGUCCUUAUCGUCUGUGCAAGACCAUCGUGGAAGAACACAACGAAAGGUAUCUGCAAAAAUCGUUGGCUAACUUGACGCAGUGCAAGUCGUUUCAGAACGCCAGUAACAUCGGCCUUGUCACCCGACCAGCGUUGAGCGAACCACCACCAAUGGCAACCGUCCCAAAGUUCCGCUGGUUGUUGUCGGUUUACUGCCAGGAUGUGUUGCUGCGCAUCGACGAAGUAAAGUCAUCAUCACCAGUGUUUUUGGCAGGAUUCUGAAGAUGGACUCCACCAAGGUCUAAAAAUACCACUAUAUAUAAUAUUUAAACAAUUACGAAACUCAGCGGUAUUUGUAUAGGCCAUAAGACGUCUCCAACUAUUAAAUUUAUGUGCGUUGUUUUAUUGUGCAUAAUAUAUUAUUAAUGUUAAAUAAACUGUUCCCUCCAAUUUUUCUCUAAUAAACAGGUUGCUAAAAAAUUGGCUGGUCCUGCUGCUAAAACAGCCGAGUGGAUGACGAACGUUGGCAAGGAGCACGGGCAGAUACUGGUCAGCGUGAUGACCGCAAAGGAGAGAAAUGGGCUUAGCAAGAUGGCAAGUGGCAUUGUCCAGCGAUACGUUGACGCAAGAGUGGAUCCUCCUGUCCUGAUGUAUGUUGAUCGGGAUUGUUGCUCGGGGAAAACAAAACAUCUUUUUCCUGGAUGGGGGGACCUUUUGGUUAGACUGGACAUCUCCCACUUCAUCCGGCGAAUUGUUACGGGGUGCUCCACAGAACCACAUCAGCUGCACAAGAUGUUUAUGAUCAGACUGUCUCAGUGUAUUUUCCAUUGGGAUAGUCAGGACGUUGAGCGUCUUAAGGUAGCCAAGAAGAACGAGCUGGAGAAGCUGGGGAUGCAGCCAGGACGAGAAGGACAUCCUUCGUAA